GGUACUUUCCUGUAAAUGCUAACUCAGAAUGGGGCUGGGGAUUUUUCUCUUCUCUCAUUCAUUCAACAGCAACAUUCGAUAAACACUUCAGAAUCUACGCAGCAUGUCUACGUCCAUGGUGUGAUGUGGAGACACGCAGCUCACCUGUCCGCGAGGGCCCGAGGGGGAAGGAUUGGACGAGCGCGGCGGCGAGUUUGGGAGUACAAGCACUGUGCUGUCAACUUAUGGGCUUUUCCUCCCUACUCUUCCUCACCGUUGUCUUCUUCACAUUCUCCCUCACCUCGGAGCCAACAGAGAGACCAGCGCCAGAGAGAGAAGGAGAAGUCCAUUUUGAGCAGCGAGCACACUAGUACAGAAGAUGAAGGGAUACGGUGGAGGGAAAAAGAGAGGAUAGUUUACUCCGCCCCAACCUUGCCUGGGGAGAAGAAAGACACCUCCGUCCCUUUGCCCUCCUCCUACAGCCCCCAGUUUGUGGAGUCCAGCUGGUACCAGUGGUGGGAAAAGGAGGGACUGUUCACACCUGAGUACCAGAGCAGACUACCUCAUGCAGUGAAUCGGUCCUUCACACUGUGUAUCCCUCCGCCUAACGUGACCGGAACUCUGCACCUGGGCCACGCCCUCACGGUUGCAAUACAAGAUGCCUUAGUCCGCUGGCGGAGGAUGCAGGGGCACAGAGUGCUGUGGGUGCCAGGGUGCGAUCAUGCCGGCAUCGCUACGCAGGCAGUGGUGGAGAGGAAGCUCCUGAAGGAUCAUGGGAGAUGUAGGCAGGACUACAGCAGGGAAGAAUUUCUGCAGGAGGUGUGGAACUGGAAGAACGAGAAAGGAGAUGAGAUUUAUCACCAGCUGAAGAUGCUGGGAGCCUCACUGGACUGGAGCAGGGCCUGCUUCACCAUGGACCCGGUGUGUGUGUGUCGCUCGUUAGCCUUCUCCCCGCGCUCGCUUGGCGGAAAUGCUGCUCUGAGCGGCAUCGCGGCUGCGUACAGCUCGCUGCUGUGCUGCUGUACCUGUGGGGUAAGGUUGCUGAAGCGUUGCCCUGACGUUGCUGUGCAGGUGGACACAGUGGAGCUCUCCGGACGAACUCUCCGGUCUGUUCCGGGGUACCAGAACAAAGUGGAAUUUGGGACUAUGGUCACCUUCGCCUACCCCAUAGAGGGACAGGAAGGGGAGGUGUCAGUCUCUACCACACGGCCUGAGACCAUGUUGGGGGACGUGGCCAUUGCUGUGCACCCCGAUGACCCCAGAUACCAGUCUCUCCAUCAUAAGCAGUGCAGACACCCCUUCACAGACAGACUGCUGCCCAUCCUGCCCGACCCCCUGGUCAACAUGGAGCUCGGGACAGGAGCUGUGAAGGUGACCCCGGCGCAUGACCACACUGACUUCCUGCUGUCCCAGAGACACUCCCUCCCCCGCAUCACUGUGAUUGGUGGAGACGGGAAAAUGACUGCCCUCUGUGGCCAGUGGCUGGAGGGUGUGAAGCGGUUUGAUGCCAGGGAACGAGUGAUGAGCGCUCUGAUGGAGAAGGAGAUGUUCAGAGGAAAGACGGAUCACCCCAUGUCACUGCCAGUCUGCAGUCGUUCUGGAGAUGUGAUUGAGCCCCUGCUGAAGAGGCAGUGGUUUGUGCGCUGUGAAGAAAUGGCUAAACGAGCUAUGCAGGCAGUGGAUGAUGGGGAGCUGGAGAUCAUGCCUCACUUCUACAAGAAGACCUGGAGGAACUGGCUGUGCAACAUCAGCGAUUGGUGCAUUUCCAGACAGCUGUGGUGGGGUCAUCAGAUUCCGGCCUAUCAGGUGUCUCUCCCGGAGGAGGCUGAGGCAGGAGAGGAGCGCUGGGUGUGGGGGAGGGACGAGGCGGAGGCCAGGCAGAGGGCAGCUGUGAGAUUUCGGGUGGAUCCAGAUGCAGUUAUUCUGACUCGGGAUCCUGACGUGUUGGAUACCUGGUUCUCCUCAGCUCUCUUCCCAUUCGCCAUGCUCGGCUGGCCACAGCAGACCUCUGACCUGCAGCAGUUCUAUCCUAACACCCUCCUGGAGACAGGAAGUGACCUCAUUUUCUUCUGGGUGGCCAGGAUGGUGAUGCUGGGUACGGAACUGACCGGUCAGCUGCCCUUCAAGCAGGUGCUCCUGCACUCUCUGGUCAGAGACAAACAUGGGCGGAAGAUGAGCAAAUCCCUGGGGAACGUCAUCGACCCGCUGGACGUCAUUUCAGGCGUCUCCCUGCAGAGGCUUCUGGAGAAGGUGAAGGAGGGGAACUUGGACCCCAGAGAAACCAGCGUUGCCAUGGAAGCCCAGAGGAGAGACUUCCCCAAAGGAAUCCCUGAGUGUGGAACUGAUGCCCUGCGAUUCGCUCUCUGCUCUUACAAGCUCCAGGGGGAGGACGUCAGUCUGUCCGUGUCGCAGGUGCUGAGCUGCAGGCACUUCUGUAAUAAGAUGUGGCAGACUCUGCGCUUCACCCAGGCGGCCCUGGGUUCGAGCGACCGCCCCCUCAGCCCCCUGGCCGAGACGGCCCCUCUCAGCAGUGUGGAGCGCUGGCUGUGCUCUCGGCUCAGGGACACAGUGCUGCAGUGUGAGGGGGGGUUCCAGCGCUACGACCUGCAGGCCGUCACCUCCGCCCUGCACUCCUUCUGGCUGCACUGCCUCUGCGACGUCUACCUGGAAUGCAUUAAGCCGGUGUUGGGGCAGCAGGACGGGGCCCUAGACAGCUGGGGCGAGGCGGAGAGAGAGAGCAUUCGGGCUGUGCUCUUCCACUGCGUGUCUAUCUCGCUCGCCCUCUUCUCCCCCUUCAUGCCUUACCUCACUGAGGAGCUGUGGCAGCGGCUGCAGGCUCACCGCCCGGACGUCCCGGCUGCGUCGGCUGCAUCGGCUGCUCCAGCUGCUUCGGCUGCCAGCCUGUGCGUUCAGCCCUACCCACAGUCCAGCCAGCUGGACCACUGGCACUUCCCCCAGGAGGAGGCCGACUUCCCCUUGAUACAGGAAGUUGUCAGGGUCACGAGGUCACUGCGGGCCCAGUGUCGCCUGACAAAAGCCAGACCGGACUUGUGGGUGGUGUGCUCGCCCAGUCAGGCCCAGACCCUCCUGCGCUUCAGCUCCACCGUUCGCACCCUGGGCCGGGUCUCCACCCUUCACCUCCACUGCGCCCCCGAGCCAGGCCACGCCCCCGCGGCUGACUCCUCCCCCGUGGCUGACUCCGCCCCCCCGCCGCCUGUCGGAUGCAUGGUGGGCGUGGUCGACCACACCUGUCAGCUACACCUGGAUGUACAGGGCAGUGUGGAUGUGGAUGCGCAGAGUGCCCAGCUGUCUGAGCGCAGAGAGAAGGUUCUGGCCCAGCUGGAGCAGUGCGUCUCUCGAACCCGAGGCCCUCACUACGCAGAGAAGGUGCCGGAGCGUGUCAGACAGGAGACGGAGAGAAAGAUCUCUGCCUUAGAACAAGAGCUGACUAACAUCCAGGACCAACUGCUGGCAUUACAGAGCUUAAGAAAACAGGACAGCUGAGAGUGAGCGAGCGUGGAGAAGAAGAUCCUGUACUGUAUAAUCCGGCUCAUUAUGGGAUCAGGACAAGCUCAAAAACAAACUGUCACCUAAUUCAGAACUGCACUGGACUGCACCGAGUCGCACCCACUAGCGAACAGACUCGCAGAGACACUGUGGAGCACAGUGCUCUCCCACUGCAGAUCAGUCAGUUCUAACUGGUAGUGUGAGAUGCUUUGGCGGAAAUAUAGUAAUGUACAGGUUUCAGCUGCUUGCCGUGGUUGUUUUGUUUUGAUCAAAGGGAAUAUAGAGUUAAUGUAUAAUAAAUGAUUCACAUGUGUUUUAGGCAUUGUUGUUAAUGUCACAGGCACUGUUUUUAAUGAUGUUUAGUUCUUAACAGAUAUAUUUACAAAGCUGUAUGCUCACAGGCAUUUCAUGUGCACUAUAGUAAUCUUGGACUCCUACGGUAUUUUAAAAACAUGGACAUUAACAAUCUCACCUGAGCCACA